AUGAUUGUCGUUACAGACACUAAUCGGUCGCCCAUCAUCGGGAUCCUGGCCUGGCUGCUUCUGGUGAUCUCGAGCUUGGCUGGGGCUGCACGGCUGGGGAUCAAGUAUGCUAUUACCCGGCGAUUCUCGAUGGAUGAUUAUUUGAUCUUCGUUUCGCUGGUUAUUAGUUUUUUACAGACAGGGUGUAUCUCCAUUGCUGUCCACAAUGGCUACGGCACAGAACAGAGUGCUUCGUCGGACGAGCAGAUAGAGACAGCCCUGAAGGCCUUGUAUGCCGCGUACCUGCUCUAUAUCAUCAGCCUGUCCUUCGCCAAACUGAGCGCUCUGGCGUUCAUGACCUUUCUCAUGCAGCGCACUCGGAAGAUGGAAUGGGUGUUCACCGGAUUGAUCGUCGUAUGGGCUAUAAGCGCCGAAUUCGCACUCGCUUUCCAGUGUGGCUUCCCAAACCCGUGGGAUCUGGCCAAACACAAUUGCUUUGAUCGCGAGGCCUGGUGGCUCUAUUUCGGGGUGACCAACAUAUUAUCCGAGUUUGCGUUGAUAGUCAUCCCGAGCCUUCUCGUUCUUCACAUCCAGAUGGCCGACUCGAAGAAAGUCGUCGUUAUCUGCUGUUUUCUCACGCGCCUUUCGGUUGUUGGUGCCAUCAUCGUCGAGCUUGUGUACCGCGAUUCCAGCAAAAACGCGGAGGAUCCUCUUCUGGAACUCUGGAAAGUCGCAGUCUGCAUUCAGUUGAUCCAGAGUUUCGCCAUCCUCGCCGCCUGCAUCCCGCACCUGAAGCCGUUCAUGGAUGGGCUGCAGUCCACUGGCCUCCGGCUCUACUAUCUACCGGGCGAGACAUCCAGACAGGGAGACUACAACUAUGGGAGCAGGGGAAAGACCGUCGGGCAUCAACUCAGCGGGCUGGCGGGAACAGCUGUCGCCAACAGCACGACGGUGUUUGCAAAUCGGCCACAGCCCGACUGGAACGACGACAACAUGAGCCAGAACAGCCAGAGUCACAUCAUUCGAGAGACAGUAGAGUGGGUCGUAGAAGAGCAGUAUCAUCCGGAAGCCGCAGAGAAUCACCGCGCUAGUCGAAUUCUCGAAAUCCCGUCCGGUGAGAGCCACGAACUGCAUGACUUGUCCUAG